GUCAAAAUCAAUGAUUAUCGAACACUUAUUUUAUUAUAGUGCGGAAAUAAUCAACAUGAAUCCAAUGAGGAAUCAAAUCGAAGGCGUUUAAAUAUUAUAACUAACAUCCUACUUAUAGACAACUGGGACAAAAUUUAUGCUCUGUAUGCUGUUGAACAAGUCUUUACAGAUUGAACAAAGUGAAGAAUCGACUCAAACAACUAAUCUAAUGGAAUAUAUUCAUAAACAAAUUAUUCAUUUAACAUCAUGUAAUACUAAUCUUAAAACACAAUCAUCUAUUGUUACGAAUGAAUUAAGCUGUCAAGCAGUCUGUCUCAACUUCUUCAAUGUUAAAUUUGGAAUAACAAAUUUCAGUAGUAUUUCAACAUACUUCAUUUUUUUAAAGUUUCUAAUAAUAAAUGAAUGUGAUCUGAAAUCAAAUGAUCUUAAAGGUAUAACUCAACUAAAUAAUCUGGAAUUUUUAGAUGCAAGUAGAAAUAAUCUUAAUGGUAUGAACCUAAAUGAAAUGAAUUUAUCCAAAUUAACUAUAUUGAAAUUAGCUCAUAAUAAAAUAACAAAACUUUCAGAUAUAAUUGGAUACUUUCCUAAUCUUUUAAUGUUAGAUAUUUCAUCGAAUUAUAUUACAAAUUUGGAUAUACCAAAGUUGGUUAUUUCAUUUCCUAAACUUUAUCAACUUAUGGCAACAAGUAAUCUUAUUACAAAUAUACAAAUAAAACCUUCAAAUACAAAAUGGACUAAUGAAAAUCUUAAUUUGUUAGAUUUAUCCGAUAAUGAAUUAACUGUUAUUGAUGAAGACUUAACAUCUCUGUUAAAUAUCACUAGGUUACAAUUAUCUUCAAAUACUUUAAAUAAGCCAUUUCAAACUGGAUUUUAUGGCGCUACAUUACAAGAAUUGGUCUUAGAUCAUAACAAUUUAACCUCAAUAAACUGGUUAAGUGAAAGUUGGUUACCAAAUCUCAUUUAUUUGAAUGUAAGCAAUAACAGGAUAAUUGAUUUACCUAUGCUGCCGUUUCCAUUAUUACAAAAGCUUAUAAUCAGUCAUAAUUUGAUAAAUGAAAUUGAGUCUGUCUUCAGAGGAACAAAGGUUUUACCACGUAAUUGUAUGCUAGAUAUUCGGUGUAAUCCUUGUACACUGCGUUUGAAUUUUAUGGAAACUAUCAAAGAAAAGUUUCCAAACACAAUAAGCACUUCUAAUCAAGAUAGUGAUUUGACGAGGACAAUAUUUCAAAAUCAUGAAUUCCAAGCUACUGUUUUCAGUGAAAGUAUUUGUCAGUGUUCACAAUGUAUUCGUUUGAGAAUGUCAUGUGAGCAAUACUACAAAGAAUAUCAAAAAUGCGCAAACUGUCUGGACUUAACAUUUAAACAUAUCAACGAUGCAGUUACGAAUCGUGAAUUACUGUGUCUUGAUAAGCCAAUUUCAAACAGUCAUGUAUUAUGUCACUUAAAUUCGAACAAUAAUCUUCACUUGGAAAAUCAGCCUGUUCAAUUUAAUAAUCAAAAUAUUAUACUCAAUAUUUUUUCGAAAGCAAACCAAUGCUCACUAAUAUAUCACUAUAUAGAUCUAAUUGAAGAGAUAAUUAUAUUGAAGAGAAAACAAAUUGAUAUACUGAAGUUAUUUUGUAAUGAAAUGAAUAAUACAGUGUCAAUGAAUGAUACGAAAAAUGAUUUUCAAGUUCUUCAAAUUAGAAUAACUGAAGGUUAGUUUAAACAAUUACCUUGUCUUACGUAAAUGUUUUGCAUAUGUUUAUGUAGAUAGAGAUUUAUUUAGAUAGCUGAAGAUCCUUUGAAAAUCAGAGAACACCGGACAAUUACAUUAUUACUAGUUUAAAACUUUUCGAUAAUAUACAAUCAGUCUCCAAUCACUACUGUAUUUGUUUGCGAUGGAUUUCUCAAAAGUUCUAGUUGAUCAGUAAACUUUAAGCUAAAGAAGUUAGGAAUGAAAACUAUUGAAUACUAAUUCAGUGUUUUUCAAAGCUAAAGGUUCAUUGUGAGAUCCAAAGGCCUGUGUUUGAUUUUCCACAGUGCUGUUGAUCCACACUGCUGAGAAAUCAUGUUUUAUGACGAAACAGCUAUCCAGUGGCUCCUUGGUUAUUUGGUAGUUAUUAAACCAAGGUAAGCCAGUGAUAUAUUACUUUAAAGUCAAUGAAAUUAGCAGUGAAACGAUGUCGUACAAAUGAGAUUAGUUAAAGAACACUUUAUAUGAAAAAUCACCCGAACGCAUGGCGUUCAUCUGGCAUUAUAUUUCUGACGGGGUCACUGCUGUAAACCUUCCAAAAAUCUAAGACAAUUACGAAGUAGCUGUCAGUAGUUCUAUAACUGAUAUGUCAGUCCAUGACUUCAAUCAUCAAAAAAUUUUCAUAUUAAUAGUUGUACAUAAAUAUAUAUAAUAUUUGCUCCUAGCACUUAAAUAAGAAAAGAAGAUAAUGUAUUUUGUUUGUUUUAUGAUCAGCCUAACCACUUAGUACAUUCAGUCAGUUAGUUACAAACAAUGUAGCAUUUGACACAUAUACUUAUCAGUAUAAUUUGCCACACUGUAUUAGUACAAGGAGACAAAAUUAUCAAAAUUAAUCGCCGGCAUUAAGAGCAGUAACAGUAUCGGUGAUAGUAGAAGACAUUUAAAGUAAAUAAUACGGUUCAAUGAGUGUGAAAGAAUUCAUGAAACAGGAAAUACAAAAUAAUUUUUGAACUCAAGAAUAUUAAGGAAAGUAAAGAGUUUGUAACUUUAAUCUGUUUGCUUUUAAGAUUCAAACUUGAAAAAAAGAGAAUGUAUUCUGUUUUACGAUCAACCUAACUAUUCACUUUAUUAACAUUUUGGGUAGAAACCAUUAGUUAAUUAAUUUGAAUUUCUUACCAC